AUGCGCUUCAAUCUUUUCGCUUCAGUCCUGGCCCUAGGGCCUUGGCUUGUGUCUUCCAGUCCCGUGGCGCAAGUCGACAAGCGAGCGACUGGCUAUCAGAACACUGUGUAUUUUACCAACUGGGGAAUCUACGGCCGGAACUAUCAGCCCCAGCAAUUGCCAGCCAACGAGCUUAGUGUCGUCCUUUACGCAUUUGCAAAUCUGCAGAGCACCGGUGAAGUGUACUCUUCAGACGUCUAUGCCGACCUGCAGAAACACUAUGCUACCGACUCAUGGAACGACGUCGGGAACAAUGCUUAUGGUUGCGUGAAGCAACUGUACCUACAAAAGAAAGCCAACCGACAGAUGAAAGUGCUCCUCAGUAUCGGUGGCUGGACUUACUCAACCAACUUUCCGGCAGCUGCCAGCACCGACGCCAGUCGUCAACUGUUCGCGUCAACUGCGGUGGCUCUGAUGAAAGACUGGGGCUUUGACGGCCUCGACAUCGACUGGGAAUACCCAGCAGACGCCACGCAAGCAGCCAACUUCGUCGCCCUGCUCCAGACCGUCCGCCAGGCGCUGGACAAUUACGCCGCGCAGUACGCGCCGGGCUACCACUUCCUGCUGACGAUCGCCUCGCCCGCCGGCCCGCAGAACUACAACACGAUGCAGCUGUCCGCCAUGUCCCAGUACCUCGACUUCUUCAACCUAAUGGCGUACGACUACGCGGGAAGCUGGGACAGCACGAGCGGGCACCAGGCCAACCUGCACCCCGCCAGCGACUCGGGCAACGCCCAGGCGACCAAGUACUCGACCGACCGCGCCGUGGGAGACUACAUCGCCGCGGGCGUCCCCGCGGCCAAGAUCCCCUACACCGGCGUCGGCUCCGGGUCGUGGGAGAACGGCGUCUGGGACUACAAGGCGCUGCCCAAGGCCGGGGCGACCGUCAUCACGGACGCCGCGGCGGGCGCGACGUACAGCUACGACUCGUCGUCCCAGGAGCUCAUCUCGUAUGACACGCCCGCCAUGGUGCAGACAAAGGUUGCCUACCUCAAGGGCAAGGGCCUCGGCGGGAGCAUGUUCUGGGAGGCCUCGGCUGACAGGAACGACACCGGCAGUCUCCUGACCACCAGCUACAACGCGCUUGGGUCGCUGGACUCGGCGCAGAACCUGCUUAGCUACCCGAACAGCCAGUAUGACAACAUUGUUGCUGGUGUGCCGAGUUGA